AUGUAUAAGGACAGCGAAAAUUACGACACCGAAAAAAAAGCUGAGGGAAGAAACGAAAAGGUUAUAAUCAGAGUGAAAAGAAAAAUUGAUGAGAUAACCAUCCCGUCAAUUUACGUGAAAAAGUCCAAUAAAAGAGUAUGCAAUGGUAUAUUUUAUAAACACAUCGACACGGUAAUUCCGGAGGUAGAUAUAGAGAAAGAAAACAUCGAAUGUGUUAACAUGUUCCGAAAGCAUGAACACUACCACACCAGUUGCAGUGACUUGUCACCCCUUAUCGAAAAAAAGAGAAAAUUAAACUCCCUUAAGGGAUAUGAAAAGGAUUUAAGGGAAGCCAUAAAUAAUUUAAAAAGGUACAAAAUAGUGAACCAGAAUAUUCAGUACGUCGAUUUGGAUGCGGAAAAAAAGGAAAUUUACAAAAUUAUCGAUGUGAAUUUGUUGCAAGAAUGGGGCUAUGCUAAUGUAGAUGAUGAUACGGGGGUCAAUGCCGAUGCCAAUCCUGGUGAUGCUCUAAAGGAUGAGAUGAAACAGGAGCGCGCACGGGGGAAGACGGAGAAAGACGCACACAGCAAAACCGAGCAUGAAUAUGAAUACGAUUUAUACAUUGUAGAUGACCAGAAAAUAGAGCUAAACGAUUAUAUGGACUAUAUGUACCACAUUAAAAAUAAUAAUGUGGAUUCAUCGGAGGUUAUUGUGUUGGAAGAUGUAUAUGGCAACAACUCCAACGAGUAUGACUGGAAGUCUUUUUCCUCGUCCAGCUCCGAUCGUGACACAGUGAAGGAAAUGUCGGAUUACCCCGACGAGAGCUCGAGCAGCGGCGACGAUUGCAGUGGUGUGUGCAGUGGUUUAUGCAGCGAUGUAUGCAGCGCUGAUGGCCGUGGUGACGAUCCUGUGGGUAGCGACUGCUACGACGGAAGCGUCAGAAGUGACGGCCACCACGAGACUAACCUGCAUAGCGACGGCUACGGUGGGAGUUUGGGAAGUGACUAUAACCUCGAGAAUAAUCUGGACGUCGGCUCACACGAGAACAACUUCCCCAGUGGCUUCUCCGAUGGGAAUUCCGUGGACCACCUUAGCAACUGCAGUGAGGAUAACGCUUUCGGGGUCAACGUUAAAAAUGCUGGCAGUGAUGAAAACCUGUUUGGAAGUAGGCGGUGUGGUGUGAACAACUGGGGGAGCUACAUAAAGGGGAAAUCACCCCAAAGCGAUUGUAAUAACGACAAGGGUUACCCCAACCAAAACGGUGUUAUCCACCACAGCGGCAGCAGUAGCAACGCCCUCAGUAGUAGGGGUUUCCCCCAAAAGAACCCCCCGAAAAAGAAGGAAAGAAAAACCCACAAGCGCAGUAAAAAAAUGAACUCCUUAAUCUUUGAAGAGAAAAUAAAGGACGAGUUAGAAAAACGGUUAAAAAAAAAAAAUGAAAAUAUGCUAAACGUGACGUUAUCGGAGAAGCUAAAAAUUCUGGAGCAGAUGGAAAACGAGUACUAUGAUAAGUAG